AUGUAUGCAGCAUUAGUAGUCGUCAGUCAGAAGUCUCAACAUGAACAGUUUGCUACCUUAGCAGUAACAUCAGCAGCUCCGAGUGGUUUAGGAUUAGGACUAGGCCUGCAACUGAUAUCGCCAGGAACGCUGUUACUACCACCUUCAGCUCACACCAUAAUCUCUAAACCAGCCGUUUCUUUGGGCUUAGCACCCGCUCUUGGGCCCAUUGCACCCAUAGCCCCUGUAGCACUGUCAGCUCCAAUUCUAGCUCCCGUCGCUCCUGCCCCCGCCGCCGUCGCCCUCACCAAUGGAGGAGGUACUAUUGGAGUGAGCGGACACGGAGCCAUCGUUUCCGGUCCGAAAACCGCCCCAGUGGUCAUCGAAGGACCAUCUGGCGUUGUCAAAGCCGACGGUUUGUGGGGGCCUACACUCGCAGGAGUCGCCGCUCCCGUUCACCACCCUUGGUAAUAAUUGGACCUUGGUAUCGAACUGAUGUCUUUG